AUGGCAAAUUUUAGCAGUUCUAUGAUUUUGGUACUGAUCGCUGGAAUACGUGAGUUCAAUUUAUUUUUUUUUUUGAAUCAAUUAUUGGGGUUAGAUUUUUUUGAAAAUCAGCACAUUUAGAAUAGUAAAUCGUCAACAAAACGUUUUAUUUUUGCAUAUAUUUUUUCUAACGUCGAGGUUGAGUAGGAAUUGAAAAAGGUUUUUGAAUUUUUUUGGCUUCACUAUUUCUAACUUAUCAGUUUAACUAAUUUUUACAUUCUCUUGGAAAAUUAUAUAAAAAUUUGACUUUUUUUUAGAAAUUGUAAAUGCUGGAUUCGCAAUUUCAAAAUUUCAAUCGCUGAACAAAGACACAAAUCAAACAAUAAGUGAACUUUCAACAGCUCUUGGAGCAGCUUUUCCACCAUGUUGUUCUGAUAUAAUUUCAACAAUUGCAUGUCGUCGACUUCAACAAAGUAAUCCAACAAAAUUCCUCGAUAGAUGCACUUCUGAUGCCGAUUUCUCGCUUAUCCAAUGUUGUAAUACUUGUGGAAUUGAAAGUGCAGCUGAUAGAUAUGAACUAUUAUUUGAACAUGGUCAUAAAUCAAGUGAAUGUUUUGAUCGACACGGACCUGAGUUCUGUAAACGUUUCCUGAAAAAAGAAGAUGUUUGGGGAAAAUCUCAAUGGUCGUGUGAUGGAUCAACCGCUCAUUUGGCUUUCCGAAUUUGCCGAAAAACUUGCAAUUUCUGUAGAAGAGAUAUCUAUCGUACCCCACUUGGAAGAUUCCAACCAGUUGCUUGUGGUAAAGCACCAGUUCUAGUUCCUAAUUAA